AUGUCAAAAAACGAAGAAUCACCUGAAGUUGAAAAGAAAACUGAGAUUAGUGCUGUAGUGGAUCAAGCUCUUUCCAAAUUUAUCUUCUACUCCGGACUGCCACCUACUGUCAACAAGCUUUGUCUGAAAGAGUUAGCAGCCUGUAAUAUAAAUAUUGUGGAUGAUUGUCAAAAUCCUAUUGAGAUUCUUAUUGGGGCUGAUGUAGCUGGAAAACUCAUGACAGGUGGUCGUCGUGAGUUGCCUUGUGGUCUCGUAGCUAUUGAGACCAAAUUUGGAUGGUCAGUUAUGGGACGAAUGCCGAAUACUUCGAAAAGUGAGUUUUCAUCAUCGUUCUUAGUUACAUCCUUGUUAUCUACUGUGGAGACCAUAACAGAUCUAUGGACUUUGGACACACUUGGGAUCACUGACCCAUCAGUCAAGAAAAACCAGACUGAACUACAAGAAGCUGCUCGGUUACAUUUUCUAAAUACAGUUCGUAUAGUCGAUGAUCGUUUCGAGGUUGAUUUGCCCUGGUUGGAAUAUCAUCCACCACUAACAGACUAUUUUGACUUAGCCGAGAGAAGACUGAACAAAACUGUUAAACGUCUUAAAAUCGAGUCCAAUUAUGAAGCUUAUGGAGAUGUUUUCAAGGAAUGGCUAGAAGAGGGAGUAAUUGAAGAGGCUGAUAAAAAUUAUCAAGGGCAAGUUCUUUACCUUCCUCAUCGAGAAGUUAUCAAAAAGAAUAGCACUACAAAACUCCGACCGCUUCCGAGUAUUUUAACACGCUUUCGAAAAGAAAAGAUUGGUGUUAUUGCUGAUAUACGAAGAGCCUUUCUUCAAAUAAGUGUUUCACCUACUGAUAGAGACUUUUUGCGGUUCUUAUGGCUUGAUAGUGAUGGUCAACUGAAAGUGUACAGGCACUGCCGUGUAGUUUUUGGUGUAGCAAGUAGCCCUUUUCUUCUAAACUCUACUAUUCAGCUUCACCUACAAACUGUUUUAGAGAAAAUAGAAACCGGUGAAUCCUUAUAUACGAAAGGUGUCAUUCAAAAACUUAUGCAUAGUUUUUAUGUUGACAAUUGUGUCAGUUGUGUUAAAAAUGAAGAAGAACUCAAUCAUUUUAUUAGUGUAUCAACUGAGGUAAUGGCUGAGAGAAAAUUUGAGCUUAGAGGGUGGGAGUUCAAGUUCAAUGAUAUUAAUGCUGAUGCUUCUGCUGAUACAAAUGUGCUCGGUUUAAUAUGGAAUAAAAAAUCUGACACUCUAAGAAUAAAUACUGGUAGUAUAAAAGAGUUAUGUUUUGAAAAAGUGACUAAGCGCUUAAUCUUAUCUACAGCUCAUAGAUUGUUUGAUCCUCUUGGUAUAUGUUGUCCUGUUAUCCUUAUCCCUAAGUUAUUACUUCAAGAAACUUGGAAGCAGAAGAUAACAUGGGAUGAAGAAGUUGAUACCUGUACGAGAACUACAUUUUUAAAAUGGUUGAAAGAUAUUGACUAUCUGGAAAAGAUCCAUUUUCCAAGAUAUUUUGGUUCAAGGAGUACGAGUGAAAAUACUUCAGUACAUAUUUUCUGUGAUGCCA